UUUACGUCCCGCGCGCGAGAGACUGCUAAGCUAAAUCAAUAUUCCAUAAUUGUGUAAUAGAAUUUACACGGAUUCCCAGUCCCACCCAACCGUUUUUUAAUAUGUCCAGUUUAACGUAACAGCUAUCGGAAUUUGAUACGGCAUUAAUCGCUGCGAUGAAGGACGGAAGCAGACUGCUGUCAAUCCUUUUGAAAGUCUCGGAAAAAGCUGCUAAUAUCGCGAGAGCCUGCAGGCAAAACAAUGCCUUAUUCAAAUUGCUCGUACAGGAGAAAUCAGAGGAAGAAAAGAAUCCACGAUUCUUCCAAGAUUUUAAAACUCUGGCAGAUGUUCUUAUACAAGAAACAAUUAAGCAUGACAUAGGUUUAGAGUUUCCAGAAUUGGCCAAGGUAGUACAAGGCGAAGAGGACAAUACUUUCAGCAAUGUUGUGGGUGAGACAAUAGUGGUUCAAGUAUGUCCCACCAUUGAGGAAACUGCUCAAUUAUUAGCCAAAGUGAUGGACAGCAAUAUUGCGACUGCAGAAUUGCUGGCAGCAGAAGUUCACAAAGAUAUCCAAUUCUUAGACAUUCCAAUAGUGGCAGAGCUGCCUUUUGAUUUCGAUGUUGACAUUAAUGACCUCGGUAUAUGGAUAGAUCCAAUUGAUUCAACUGCAGAUUAUAUAAAUGGAAAUGAAAAAAUAGAUGAUGCUACUGGCGUGCAUAUGAGCGGUUUACGAUGCGUCACUGUUUUAAUCGGAGUGUAUUCAAAAACCACUGGUAAACCGAUUUUGGGAGUAGUUAAUCAACCUUUUCAUACAAACGUGGAUUUGCGAUGGAAAGGCAAAUGCUACUGGGGAUUUUUGGAAAAUGAUAUUGGAAGAUGUUCUAUUGCUAAAGAAUCUGACGAUAAGAAAAUCAUUGUCCUUAGCAGAGUCGAAGACGAGAAUGUGAAGUCUAAGCUUUUGAAAGCUGGUUUCACUUUAGUGGAAGCAGCUGGAGCUGGAUAUAAAAUAUUAAGCGUCGCUCUUGGAGAAGUUGAUGCCUAUAUUUUAUCGAGGGGUUCCACAUACAAAUGGGAUACUUGUGGACCACAAGCUGUUUUAUGUUCCCUGGACGGCGGUAUUAUUGAAUUCCGAAGUUUUAUAAACGACUCGGGUUCUGAUCAUAAGGAUAUAAAAUACUUGUCCACGUCUACCAAUUUUUCGAACAGCAAUGGUUUGAUCGCGUAUCGAAAUGCCGAAACUUUGCAAACCUUAAAGUCGAUACUAUGCGAGUAAUGAUACUUAUUAAAUAUGAACAAUAAUUAUUAGUAUUGUUUCAUAUUCAAAAUUUUAUCUUAUUGCAUUCGUGCAAUGUUUA